GUAAUGGCAUUCGUUACUUUAAAGUUGAGUUACUAUUUAUAUUGUGAUUUAGAUGUUGUGAUUUGGGUUUAAAGAUUUUUCAUAUAGAGGUAGGAAGGACACAGAAUUUGGUGUAUUCUACAAGUUUGCGUGUGGCUCUUUCCAAUAAAUCUGUUUAAAUUAAUAGGUGUUACUCAUGUCAUGUCCGCAAUGGCGGCAUCAGAAGAACCCAACAUUUACCUUGUCGAACACGUCAUUUACGCUGAAAGGUAACACACGAAGUUUUGGUCGACAGUGUUCAACAGAGCCCUACGUGAGCCCAGCCAGGUCAGUGUCUGUCCGGAGCCGAGCUUGAGCACUAAGCGGCAAUUUCCACGCGUCUGCGCAAUAGCAUAGUUCUGUUUUAGCCACCGCAUAUGUGCGCCAUGCCGACAUAUAAAAGAAUAGACAUUACCAAAAACAGCAAGUCAAAGAUUAACCGUAUAUACUGGCUUGGUACAGUUACCGACAACGCUGGAUGAUCGGAAAAUGGAGACCUAAGUAUGCGUGAGUGCGCGCGCACACGGAUCAGAGAGACGCGCCGCUUAAGGCGAUCCUCGCCACUCUCCAGGCCCUGCGAAGGACACGAGAAGGCGCGAGCACCGCCCCCUACAGGAAGUUGCCCGCUGCAGACCAAGCCAAGGUGCUCUUGUUUGUCGUCGUAUUAUCGAGCGGCCGCAGCUCUCUGUCCGUCAUUCAGUGUUGUGCAGUUGAGCAGGUGCCGUGAGAAUAAGGAAAACCGAUGGCGAUGCUCGUUAUUUUUCCUCGGGGCAAGGAGGAGUGACAAGAUCUCACUUACGUUGAGAAUAUUCUCAGAUGGGGCUUUAAGGUGUUUCAGAAGAGCCAGAGUUUCUCAACUUCACACAAGCGCCGCUGCGAUGUCCCGGCAGCUUCAUGCUCGCAGAAUUGAAGGGAUCGACAAGAAUGUAUGGGUGGAAUUCACUCAGUUGGCUGCGGAGUAUAAGGCUGUAAACCUUGGUCAGGGCUUCCCUGACUUCCCUCCUCCCAGCUUUGUUCAAGAAGCGUUCUGUAAAGCUGUGAGUGGGGGAUUUGCUCUUCAUCAAUACACUCGGGCUUUUGGUCACCCUCCUCUUGUGAAGAUUCUGGCCAAGUUCUUUGGGAGGAUUGUGGGUCGGGACAUAGAUCCAUUAGAUGAUAUCUUGGUUACCGUUGGUGCGUAUCAGGCUCUGUUCUGCACGUUUCAGGCUCUGAUCGACGAUGGCGAUGAGGUGAUAAUUAUUGAACCGUUUUUUGACUGUUAUCAACCAAUGGUGAAAAUGGCUGGAGGAAAGUGUGUCUAUGUCCCUUUAAGACCAAAGAAGGAUAAAUGUGAAACCAGUGCAGACUGGGUUUUGUCUCCUGGGGAGCUGGCCAGUAAAUUCACAUCACACACGAAAGCCAUCAUCCUGAAUACACCAAAUAACCCCUUGGGGAAGGUCUUCAACCGGGAAGAGCUGCAGGUGAUUUCUGACCUGUGCAUCAAGCAUGAUGUGUUGUGUAUCAGCGAUGAGGUAUACGAGUGGCUCACCUACAACGGUGCAAAGCAUAUAAAAAUAGCCAGCCUUCCUGGGAUGUGGGAGCGAACCAUUACCAUUGGGAGUGCUGGUAAAACAUUCAGUGCGACAGGAUGGAAGGUUGGGUGGGCUAUAGGCUCCACACACAUCCUGAAGCAUCUAAGAACUGUUCAUCAGAACUCUGUGUACCACUGUCCUACUGCUGCUCAGGAGGCAGUAGCACAUGGAUUUCAGAGGGAAUUUGAGCAGUUUGGGAAGCCAGAAAGCUACUUCAUACAGCUUCCCGCAAAUCUGCAAGUGAAACGUCAGAAACUGGCUCAGUGCCUCAAAAGUGUUGGCCUGCAGCCCAUUAUUCCCGAGGGAGGCUACUUCAUGAUGGCAGAUAUUUCAGCCAUAAAGGCAAAUCUGCCAGAUUUACCUGGGCAAGAUGAACCUUAUGAUCACAGAUUUGUGAAGUGGCUUAUAAAAAACAAGCGUUUAGCCACCAUACCGGUUUCUGCUUUCUACAGUCACGAACACUGCAAAGACUUUCCAAACUACAUUAGAUUCUGCUUUGCCAAGGAGGACUUCACAUUAAAUGCAGCGGAGAAGAUUCUUCAGGAAUGGAGUGAGAGCAAAUAAGAAUGAAGUAGAAGGACUGCUGCUUUGUUCUGAACCAGGCUAUAGUGUACCCCUAAAACUGGCUUUCGAGGUGUGUCUGUUCCUUAAUGUUAAGAAAUUAAUGUGAUUUAUGUAAUGCGCCACAUUUGUUUUUGUCCUUAAUGGAAAAAACUUGCACUAAUUUUUUUUGUUACAAAAAUGGCACAUUUUUCCAGUGACAUGAGGUUUUUUUUCUGUGAUUAAAAUUAAAUUUAGUAUUAGUGAAACUAAACGGCUAUAUGUGAAUAUGAUAUUGUACAAAAUUUUCACUGUGGUGACUUUCAUUACCUCUGGGCAGGGCUUUAGGUUCAUUUUAUGCUGCUGUAAUAAAUUUAUAUCAGUAAUUUCUUUCUAUGUCUUAAAUGAACUUUCCACAUGUUUUCUGUUCAUGAUCAGUGUACAUUUCUGCUCCUGAGUAUUAAAGAAGAGUUAUAAAUAUUUCUAUUUUUUUCAUUAAUUCGACAGGCUUAUAAACACAAGAAAGAAAAAUAUCUUUAAAGAGGAAUUAUUAGCAUGUGCUUUUAAAGAUUUUCCAAGGGUAUAUUCAGGAAGCUUUUUAAUUCUCAUUUUCAUAAUCACUAUCACCUUUUUAUGCACAGUAAGUUUUAAUGUUUAACUUAGGAAAAAUAAACCUCCUGAACCUACUUCUGAGUCCUACUUUUACAUACAUUUCACGUACUAUGUGGAAAAUGGAACCCUUUCUUGGAAACAUUGCACAUGUUGAUGUAGUUUUAUGUACUGCAGUACAUGUACUACUACUGUAGUUCUACUCUUGAUUUAGAAUACAUUAUGGUGAAGUGCAGGCCUUUCCAUCUUCCUAGGGAAUUCUCUCUGGUUUUUGUAAUUUCAGUCUACAUACCACUGCAUGCUAAUGCUAAAUGAGCACUUGAGUUACUACGCUUGGCUAUUAGCAAUCAACAUCAUCCGCAAGGAGUCUUUAUUGUAGCAGGAGAUUUUAAUCAGGCAAACCUCAGGUCAGUUUUUCCAAAAUUCUGUCAGAAUGUUAAAUGCUCAACCAGGAGUAAGAACGCACUGGACCAUGUUCACACAAAUGUGGACAAUGCAUAUGACGCCCUGCCCUGUCCCCAUCUAGGACAGUCUGAUCAUCUUUCCUUGUCGGUAAUACCCCCAUGCUUGCGGCAGUCCAUUAUUGUUCCUGAGCUGAAGAAACCCCAGCCUGCCUGCCUCAACGACUAUUGCCCAGCAGCUCUGACCUCAGUUAUGAUGAAGUGCUUUGAAAGGCUGGUCAGAGACUUCAUCACCUCUUCACUAUGCGACACCCUGGACGUAUUACAGUUUGCAUACUGUCCCAAUCACUCUACUGAAGAUGCCAUCUCAUACGUCCUACACACUGCUUUGACCCAUCUGGACACCGGGAGGGGGAAUUAUGUAAAAUUGCUGUUUGUAGAUUACAGUGCAAUAUUCAACAGUUUAAUUCCCUCCAAACUCAUAACGAAGUUGGAGGACCUGGGAGUUUCCCCAUCCCUGUGUCAGUGGAUCUCCAACUUCAAUAGUCAUCCCCAGCACAGCCUUUUCACACCCUUACCAUCAGGCAGAUGCUACAGGAGUGUUAAAGCCAGAACCUCAAGGCUGAAAAACAGUUUUUACCCACAGGCCAUCAAGAUUGUGAACGACGUCCAUCCGCUGCCUCUCCACCCAUCAGGGCAGACACAGAUUACCCUCUGAGCCUGAGAGGUGUCAACUACC